AAGACCUUGAUGCAUCCUCCAACGGUGCCUGCUGCGCAGCCUCUGGCGGAGGCCCAGGGGUCAAAAAGUCCACAGGUCUCUCCAACACCUCUAUCUUUAGCUGCAUCUCCAUCUGUUGUCUCCGCUCCUCCUGCGUUGGCACCGCUUAAAGGACCCCAAGAGGCAUCACCUCUAACAGGCCAGAGUCCUAAACAUCCUGCUGCUUCCUCAACUCCAACAUCUGUUGCCGAUAACAUCUCUCUCCCGACAGUCUCUGCACUUCCGUCUGUGGUCGCUGGUUCUCCUCAAGUUGCCGCUUUGGCUUCAUCUGCACCACCUCCUGUUGUUAGCUAUUCUUCUCAGGCAUCUUCAGCAAGUCUCAAUGUUUCUGCUGCUCCAAAUGUAUCUCGUUCCCUCAUUGGUUCUGCAGCUCAACAUUCAGAUAUGAUGGCAAAUGUAGAUGUUUCUUCUCACAGUCCAGGGCAGAUGAGUUCUCAUGGUGUAUUACAGCACAACUUUGGGGAAUCACACUCUAGUCUGAGUCAUGGUAAACAUGAGGCCUGUGGUUCCCAGAGUAAAGUUGGAGUCAUAAUGGGCACAUCCAACAAUGAGACUCAAGCUGAGAUGCAUAAGGUGCAAAUUCAUGGUCGAAACCUUGAACCAGCAUUCAUUGUUCCAAAGGAGCCUGAAAGAGACACUACGGCCAUUGGCAGAAAGGACUCUAAUGGUAUCAGAGAGCAGGCUGCCCCGAGGAAAGGAGAAAGUGAGACUUUAAAUUAUUCUUUUAGCACUGACACGUCACUGGACUAUCCGUCCUUGGCCGAG